GGUUGAGACGUUGUGUAGCGGAAGAGCAUGCAGAGUGUAAUGUUUCUGGCGUUCCAGCACGACCGCAGCCGAAUGGAGAAAAGCGCUAGCCGUUGCCAGAGCAAAGAAGAGAAAAAGGGCAAGAUGAAAAAAACCAUCCUAAAAGAUUGGAAAGCAAGAUUGAAUUACUUUCUGCAGAAUUCCUCCAAUUCUACCAAUGCAAAGGCUAACAAGAAAGGACAACAAAAGACAUGUUUCAGACCUUCUCCUGAAGAAGCUCAGCUGUGGUCAGAAGCAUUUGAUGAACUUCUAGCUAAUAAAUAUGGUCUGGCAGCUUUCAGAGCUUUCCUGAAAUCCGAGUUUUGUGAAGAGAACAUUGACUUCUGGCUGGCCUGUGAGGAUUACAAGAAAAUUAAGUCCCCACAAAAACUGACAGUCAAAGCUAAGAAGAUUUAUAGUGACUUCAUUGAAAAAGAAGCUCCUAAGGAGAUCAACAUAGACUUUCAGACUAAAAACAGUAUUGCUCAGAGCAUUGAAGAAGCCACGCACACAUGCUUCAGUGCGGCCCAGAAGAGAGUUUAUAGUUUAAUGGAGAACAAUUCCUACCCUCGCUUCCUAGAAUCUGAGUUCUACCAGGAAUUGUGCAGAAAGUCACCAAUCAGCAGAGACUCUCAGGAGACAUGAACUCAUAAAGCAGGAAGAGGAAGAAAAAUCCAAAGAAUAAAUUUGCCAAAUAAAGGAAAGAGGACCAUGUGUCUUUGCUGGCUCAGUGGGUCCGAUGAACUGAAUGCAAAGGAUAUCUGCCCAAAUGGCAAUUUACAGUUAUUCAGCUGAUGGAACUAUAGUUGACUUGGGCAGACUAGCAAGUUGCCCUAUUAAUGUUUAAAGGUAACCACACAAACUGCUGGCCAGUUAUUAAGGAAAGCUGAUUUUCCUCCCCAUAUAUGUUUUUGUAAUGUCUUGGGCAGCAUUGGACUGGUGUGGAUCAUCCAGCUUUGUCAACCUGGAUAUGCUGAUGCUCAUAAGAAAAAACAGUGCCCUCUGUGUAUAUUUAAAUAUAAACAAGCUCUAGGACUGUUCUUGCAGGCUGACCUUUUGUGAGACCUGACAAAUACUUUGAAUAAUUGGCUUUUGUUUCUAAAUAAAUAGCCAGCAGUAUGUAAUCAUCGCUGUAUCAGCUUCCCUAGGCAGGUUGUUCCCUGCAGAUCAUGCAGCUUUGUGCAGAUGUAGCAGAUUGCCUCAUGACUGUUACAACAAAUACCAAUAUUGCGGUAUGAUUUCUUCGAGAUAAAAGCAAUUACUUAAUUGAUUUAAAGUACAGAGCAUGAUGAUCUGCUAAUUGGCUAGGGACAAAUUCAGUCUGGGCAUGUAUCAUUUUGGAGUAAAACCUGGUCUAGAAUUCAAAUGAGUGCUCUGUGUGUGUGUGUGUGUGUGUUUAUUUGUUGUACACUCCUGUCAAUGUUGAACGUACUGACUUUAAGGACAGGCUUCAGUGAAGUCAUCUUCUGUUUUGAGAAGCAGAUGUUUCAAUAAAUUAUUUUUAUUUUAUUAAGAACAA